GAGCAACAGAAAGCGAGAGGAGCGCGGGGAAAGGGCUCGUUUUCCUACCAGCGUCCAUCAUGUCUAUUAUGUCCUAUAAUGGUGGGGCCGUAAUGGCCAUGAAAGGGAAAAACUGUGUUGCCAUUGCUGCUUACCGGAGGUUUGGCAUUCAAGCUCAGAUGGUGACUACGGACUUCCAGAAAAUUUUCCGAAUGGGAGACAGAUUAUUCAUUGGUUUGGCUGGACUUGCCACUGAUGUUCAGACAGUUGCGCUGAAUCUUUAUGAGCUGAAAGAAGGCAGGCAAAUCAAACCGCAGACCCUGAUGAGUAUGGUGUCUAACCUGCUGUAUGAGAGACGGUUUGGACCUUACUACACGGAGCCAGUGAUAGCCAGGUUGGGCCCGGUCAUGUACGAGACCUUCAUUUGCUCCUUUGACCUGAUCGGCUGCCCAAUGACAACGGAAGACUUUGUGGUCAGCGGGACUUGCGCAGAGCAGAUGUACGGCAUGUGCGAGUCCUUGUGGGAGCCAGACAUGGAACCAGAUGACCUCUUUGAAACCAUAGGCCAGGCCAUGCUCAAUGCAGUGGACAGAGAUGCCGUGUCAGGCAUGGGCGUGAUAGUUCAUGUCAUUGAAAAAGACAAGAUUACUACCCGAACACUGAAAGCUCGUAGGACUAAGCAAAAGGCAUGGUUGUUUUGGGAUGCUCAAUAUUUUACUUGACAUUAUCUUAACGGCUGGAAUGCUCUUCUGUUAA